AUGGAUGUUUUCGCUUGGAACCCUUAUGAAGUUCUCGGGGUUGAUCCCGGAUUUAUCGUCCACAAGCUUAACGUAGACCCCUCAUAUCCCCCGAAGAAGCAGAAGCUGAGAAGGUUAGCCAAAGACCAUGUUAAGGCGCUUUUGAAGAAGUGGAAGGGAUUUCAGUGGGAUGAUGAAUGUGAAAAGGCUUUCCAGGACCUCAAGGAGUACUUAGUGCGGGCGCCGAUGUUGAGUGCACUAGAGCCCGAAGAGGAACUAUUUAUGUACCUCUCGAUAUCCGACCACACUGUAAGUGCUGUGCUUUUAAGGGACCGGGGAGUACAACAACCUGUGUAUUAUAUUAGCAAGACCCUAGUCGACGCCAAGACCGGGUAUUUGCCCUUGGAGAAAUUGGUGCUGGCCUUAGUGCAUGCCACCAGGAAAUUGCCUCAGUACUUUCAGGCUCAUACCAGAUCUGAUCUCACGGGGCGAAUAGCUAAAUGGGGGACACGGCUCGGGGCAUUUGACGUGAGGGGAGAUGGUUUGUCAGGUGGAGCACCGCCUGUGGAAGGUACAUGUGGAUGGGGCUUCCAGCGCCAAAGGGGCGGAGCUAGGAUAGUCAUAAUCACCCCGGAGGGAAUUCUCUUGGAGCAUUCGUUCAGGUUGGGAUUUAACACCUCCAACAACGAGGCAGAGUAUGAAGCUUUGCUUGCCGGAUUGAGGGCAGUUUCAAGGUUAGAAGCCUGGGAUGUAGAGGUUUAUUCGGAUUCAAGGCUCAUAGUCAACCAGGUGCAUGGGAGUUUUGAGGCUCGAGAUCCUCGGAUGAAAGCAUACUUAGACUUGGUGAAGCAGGUCAUGGACGGCUUUUGUAUGGUGAAGGUGAUUCAAGUGGCUCGAGCACAGAACAGACAUACCGACUUUCUUGCCACUUUGGCAUUGUCAAUUGCCAAGGAUAUUCCCAGGCUUAUUAGAGUGGAACUCGUCCCUGAGCCCAGCAUUAAGGUGGCAGGAAAUGAGGAGGCAGCGAGAGUCGAAGUCACAGCUAUCGCAACAUUUGGGCCGAGCUGGACGGACCCUAUCAUAGAUUUCUUAGCCGAUGACCGAAUUCCGGGCGAUGAGAAGGAGGCCAACAAGGUUCGUAGGGUAGCUGCCCGGUAUUGGUUGUCCAGAGACCAGAAACUCUAUCGCAGGUCAUUCGGAGGACCGUAUCUUUUGUGCUUACACCCAGAGAAAGUAGGCCAACUCUUGGCCGAGUUGCAUGAAGGGGUAUGCGGUAGCCAUGUAGGGGGACGGUCAUUGGCACACCGGGCAAUGACUCAGGGAUUCUGGUGGCCCCAGAUGCAGAAGGACUCCGCGGAAUACGUUCAGAAGUGUGAGUAG